GGUCAGGUAAGAGUUAGACACACCCACACUGUUGAACAGUGAUUUAGACAGUGUGUUGAAGACUGUGCAGGAAGUUUGAGGUCACAGAAAAGACAAGACAAUAUCUACCCCAGGACACUGCCCACUCAGUAGCCUAUCAGAUGGAGCUGCCACCUCGACCAAAACUCUUUGACUUCCAUGGAGUCUCCAUGACCAACUACUUUACUGACAACUGGGACAAUGUACAGAACUUCCAGGCCCGACCAGAUGACAUUCUCAUCGCUACCUACCCAAAAGCAGGAACCACAUGGGUCUCCUACAUUCUAGACCUGCUGUAUUUUGGCCAGACAGCCCCUGAGCGUCAGAGACCCAUCUUUGAGAAAGUUCCUUUUCUGGAGUUGUUCAUUUCUCUUUACCCUCCAGGGGUGGAGGUGCUGGACAACUUAACCACCUCUCCUCGCCUCAUCAAGACUCACCUCCCAGUCCAGUUGCUGCCCAAGUCCUUCUGGGAGCAGAACUGCAGGAUAGUGUAUGUGGCCCGUAAUGCCAAGGACAAUGCUGUGUCUUAUUUCCACUUUGACCGCAUGAACCAGGCCGAGCCAGAGCCAGGAGACUGGAACAACUUCUUACAGAGAUUCAUGGAUGGAAAGAUGGUGUUUGGUUCGUGGUACGACCAUGUGAAAGGCUGGUGGGAGAAGAAGCAGACUCACUCCAAAAUCCUCUACCUCUUCUAUGAGGACAUGUUUGAGGAUACGGGGAGAGAGCUGGAUAGGCUGUGCUCCUUCCUUGGUUUGUCACCUUCAGCAGAGGAGAAGGAGAGGGUGAGAGGAGGAGUGCAGUUUGAUACAAUGAAGAAGAACAGCAUGGCCAACUACUCCACCGACCCAGUCAUGGACUUUAAGAUAUCCCCCUUUAUGCGCAAAGGAAAGGUUGGUGACUGGAAGAACCAUUUCACUGUGGCCCAGAGUGAACAGUUUGAUGAAGACUAUAAGAAGAAAAUGGAAAUCACUCAGCUUCGAUUUCGCACAACAAUUUAGGACUGUCUUCAUUAUCUAAAGCACUCUGCAGGUCUUAAGUAUGUGACUGGAUGUAAAAAUGUAUGGGCAGCAAAGACAUACUGUCUAAC